UGCGCCGGGGGCAGAAGAAUCAUGUCUUCCUCCAGAGUGGGGCUUUGUUUGCCUGCUUGUUUACUAAACACUUCGGAAGCCAGAAGAAAAUACACUGUUGAGAACACAGCAAAAGUAGCUCUUCUUGACAAAAAUGGGAAGAAACAUCCUUUAGUGUCAGUGCUCAAUAUAUUUUCUGAUCAAGACUACAAUAGAUCAGUCAUUACAAUAGCAGCUUCUGUUGAUAAGUUGGGCCUUGCUGAGGGUCUGGUGUUGCAUGUCUUCGGCGAAGCUGACCUGCCUGAGAAGUACAGCCUUGUCCAGAGCAGGAAGCAGCGGGGCUGGUUCAUGAGGAGGGAUUCCAGAGCUCUUCAGCGUGACCUGGGAGCUGCCUCUGCCAGAAGACGUGGUUUAACAGCUUGCUUCAGGGCGUUGUGA